ACUAAAGCACCAUAGUUUUAAAAGAUUGGAAGACUAUAAAUAUACAUAGAUACAUUAAAAGUGAACUCAUGCUAUAAUCAACAUUGGAACCUCACAUUGCCAUUCUACCGAGUCCAGGAAUGGGUCAUCUCAUUCCACUCACCUAGUUAGCUCACCGGCUUCUCCUCCACCGCCGUCUCUUCAUCACCUUCAUCAUCCCCACCGCCGCGGGUUCACCCAUAAAACCACAAAACGACAUCCUCAACGCCAUGCCGGAAAACAUUUCUUCCAUUUUCCUCCCUCCUGUAGACCUAAACGACAUUCCAGAAGAAGCCGGGUUAGCAGCUCGUAUAUCACUCACGUUAACUCGUUCAUUACCUGCUCUACGUCAAACCCUAACCAAGUUAACUAGUGAGUCCAUUAGAAAUAGACCCUCAACUUUGAUUGUUGACUUUUUUGGCCCUCCAAGUUUUGAAGUUGCCGAAGAAUUUAAUAUUCCAGUCUACAUGUUCUGUACGGUUUCUGCUAUGACAUUGGUUAGUGUUUUUCUAACACCGGCUUUAGACGAGAUGUAUGCUUGUGAGUAGGGAUGAGCUCGGUACCGUCCGGUACCAAAAGAACCGGUACCGAAAAUCCUCAAAAGUGGGUACCGGUACCGGUACCGAAUAUACCCGGUUCGUUAAAUUCGGUACCAGUACCGGUUCGGUACCGGUACCGGGUCCAUUUUGCUCAUCCCUACUUGUGUGUAUAAGGAUGUGCCUGAACCGGUGAGAUUACCUGGAUGUGUUCCGUUUCAUGGAGCGGAUAUGGCUGAACCGCUUCAAGAUAAGAAGAACCCGACAUAUAUACGGAUGGUUGAGGCAGCCAAAAAGUUUAGCAUGCCAAAGGGUAUAUUAGUUAAUAGCUUUCUAGAGUUGGAACCGCGUCCGUUUAAGGCCAUGGAAGAAGGUGAAUGGUGUAAACCGAAAGUUUAUCCAGUUGGACCGUUGAUACGGUCUGGUUCAAAGAACCAGACCGGUGAAGGGUUUGAAUGUUUGAAGUGGUUGGAUAAGCAUCCGGUAGGGUUGGUUUUGUUUGUGUCAUUUGGAAGUGGCGGUACACUGUCUCAGCAACAACUAAAUGAACUUGCCUUUGGGUUGGAAAAAAGUGGUCAAAGAUUUAUUUGGGUUGUGAAAAGUCCACAUGGGAAGUCAGAUGCAAGUUAUUUUAAUGCACAAAGUCAUCUUGACACAUUUGAGUUUUUACCGGAAGGGUUUUUGGGGCGGGUAGAAGACCGGGGUCUAGUUGUGUCGGUUUGGGCCCCACAGGUUAAGAUCCUUAGUCAUGGUUCUACAGGUGGGUUUUUGACACAUUGUGAGUGGAACUUGAUAUUAGAGUGUUUGGUUUGUGGAGUGCCUAUGAUUGCCUGGCCGCUUUUUGUGGAGCAGAAAAUGAACGCGGUUUUAGGGACUGAUGGUUUGGGUGUCACUCGUAGGGUGAAAGUGGACGAAAAUGGAGUGGUAGGAAGAGAUGAGGUCGAGAAUUGCGUUAGAAGUUUGAUUGAAGGAGAAGAGGGGCGUAAGAUGAGGCUAAAAGUGAGUGAGCUCAAAGGACUUGCUGCAAACGCAUUGAGCCGAGAUGGUUUGUCGACUAGGUCGCUUUUUGAUGCGACUCAAAUGUGGUGGAAAAAACAUAGGAACGAAAACGAAGAAUUUGAAACAAGAGAUGUUUUCAUACCUGGAGCGAUCAAAUUCGUCAUUUUACCGGUUUACUGGUCGGGUCAGAGAGUUUAAGAACCAGAGAACUCUAACAAUUUCAUAUAUAUAUAUAUCUAUACUAUAUAUAAUAUACAUAUCCAAAGGACUUCUUAAUGUCAAUGAAAUUUCCUUAAAACACCUCUAAAGCAUAAUGUACAAGUCUUUUAAGCACCAGACAACUUCACUUUCCACUUAUACCCUUUCCCCUAAACUAAACACGCGGACACACAAACAAACUAGGGUUUCUCUCAUCCCUCAUUUGGUCCGCCGCUCAUCCUAUCAUCCUCUGCUCUCUCUCUAUGGCGAUUGCUAUAUGGCGCUCUCGGAUCUCGCCAGAUCUAUGAAGGUAACCUCCUUUUCUCGAUCUCUCUCUCUCUCUCUCUAAUUCAUCAACAACGCAGAACCACGGGGUACUGUACAAUCGAUUUUAGGGUUUGCCAUUUCAUCCAUCUCCCUGCUUCUCUCUCAAAGAAGAUCUAGGGUUUCUCUAGGCGGAGCCGAGCCACUGGCUCACUGCAACCUCGCCGGCGUUUGAUACUUCCAUGGAACCAAAUAGUCCGAGCCGUGUAGGCUGGUAUUGUGUUCUUACCCUUCUCUCUUUUCGUUUUUGUUGAACUGAUUUCGUUUUUGUACAGCUCAUAUCACCAAAUCCGGUUUCAGUGACACUCUUUUCGUUUUUGGGAGUGAAGAACAAGCAGAUCCGGUAUUCUGUAUGUUCGUAGACCUCAUAUCACCCCUGUGGAAUAAUUUUUAUUAUUGUUUAAAGAUACUUUAGCAGACCAUCAAAGGUUCCCUUUUCUGAAUUUUUUUUUGAUACGAAUGCCACCAGAAGCACUCAAUCUUGUCUUCAUGUAGUGCUUAGCAAGCACUCCUUGCAAGUUGCAACUUCUUCAUUACCAGAGGUUUACAAAUGUCAAAAGCGGUCUUCUUCUUCAUUACUGGAGGUUUACUAAUGUCAAAAGAGGUCAAAUUACAGGUGUAUAGACGACCAGGUGGCGACAAGGUGUAUGCUGUAUUUGAUAAUCAACUCCCUGCUGCUUUAAAAAAGGUUACAGUUUGACAAGCAACUUUCAGUGGAGAAUGUGAGAAAAUUAAUUACUGUAUCUGAUGGAUAUCAACCUCAUUUAAUAGCACCUGAACAAGGCUGUCGUCGUCUUAUCGAAUCUACGUUGAUUACCAUCAAAUCUCCUACCGAAGCGGUUGUUGAUGCGGUUGGUUCACGGUAUACUGAAGGAUUUGGUCCGCAAGUCGAUUAAGGAGACCGCAGUGAGUCUGAAGGCUCUUAAUAUGGUUGGGAUCCAAAACCGAAGGCACUUCUUUGUCUCACUGAUUCAUGGGUUAGUGUUCGGUUAAAGGUUGCCACAAGAGACUGCGCAUCGUUCAUACCAUAGAGUUCAGUGAUGGGGGUUCAGACAUCCAGAUCUUGAGGGUUGCUGUUUACGAAGAGCAAUGGCCUGGUCCGGAUUCGGUUGGGAUCUUUACGAUUUUACAGAGUUGUAGUGGAGUGGCAGCUAGAGUCUGCGAUUUUAGAGAUUCUUAAAGAUCGCCCUUCUUGGCACCGCGACUGCCGCAACCUUGAAGUUUUUACGAUGUUUUUUUUUUUCAUUCUCACUCCUUUGACCAGUUUGACUAACCGAUCCAUGUUAACCAGGGUGACACUAAGAACGCAUUGGUAACCACGCAUAGAACACUUGACCUAACCUCCAGUCUAGACGUGUUAAGCUCGGGUUCGGUAGUUGGGGAAUCGUUAUUGAAAGAUCUUUGGCAACAUCAAGACGCCAUUUUGUGUUGUUCUCUAAAGGCAUGGAGUGUGCCAGAGGUUCUUCGUCCGCUUUACGAAUCUUCCAAAGUUGUAGCCAAAAGAUGACCAUAGUGGCUUUGCGAUAUAUAAGGCAAAUAGCUCAGGAGUCAAGCGGAGAGGUAGUUUAUGGAUUGGGACGGCAACUGGCUGUUUUGAGAACGUUAAGUCAAAGAUUAAGCAGGUACUCCAAGAACCGUUGGAUCAAAAGAAGAUAGUGCAGGUUCGACCAUUAACGAACCACCAGCUUGCUUUGGCUGGAGGAAGUUAAAGUUAGGAACCCCGACAAACUGAGCCGAUGAGCCACGGGCUCUAUAUGGGCAGUUCAUCUGAUGAUUAUCUCUCGAGGGUCGGUCCAGAAACCCAUUAAGAGGUUGGUUAUAAGGACAAUUCAAGAACUCGCAAGUGUAGAUCUUGUGCUCAACUACUUGGUUUGCCGGAGGGGUUUUCCUCUUUCUAUCAGUCAACAACCCGAGAUUUGGUUUGACAUCUCCGACGUCAAAGUUGGGUUCCGGUUCAUGUUGAACUACUUCAACACCUUCUCCUGGUUAAUCAUGGCUAGCCACGUUGCACUCUCCUUUGCAGUCAUCUUAUCCUGUAAACACAAGGUGGUUGAAGACAUAAAGAAGACGACGUACUGGUGAAUAAACAACUGGGUUGCAUUAGAAGAAUGGUGUAAAUUUGGUGACACAAAUUUUGGUAUGUAAUGUUCUAUUUGUCUGUUUAGUUUUGUUUUUUGGUUGGAUGUUAGGUAGCAUUGGCGCAUACAAUUGGUCAUUUGUGUGAAUUUAUUGAAAUUCUAAUUAGUUGUGCCAUUACUUCAUUAACUUUUGCCUCAAGGCUCAUGUAUUGGGUUGUUGUAUAGUGAUAGGUUAAUUUUUGGAUCAUACCUUUGUCUGUUAUCGUAGGUUUUAACGAAAUGUUUUCGCUACUGAAGAUGAUUGCUAUUGAAA